AUGGCUGGACUACCUGGGGGCCAAAUCCCAGGCCAUGGCAUGCCAACUCCUGGGGCUGAAUCCUGGGGCACUCCUGAUGAUUACACCCUAUCAGCGCACGGAGACAAUGGCAUGCCAGACCCCAAUUCCUUGGGCAUGGGCUAUCUGAGAGGUUUCCAGGGCAUGCAGAAAAAGACUACUCGGGACGGCCAGCCGGCGAAACGACGCGGUCCGAAACCAGAUAGUAAACCGGCGCAGACAAGGCGGCAGGAACUCAACAGGCAGGCCCAGAGUAGGACGCACAGAGAACGCAAGGAGCAAUAUAUCAAAGCUCUUGAAUUGGAGCUUUCGCGCCUGAAAGAAGCCUAUGUGAACUACACCAAUGAUAAGACGACACAAAUCCAGGAGCGUGACCUCGUCAUUCAGGAGCAGCGGAGAGAGAAUAACAUCUUGCGUCAGGUCCUAGCCGCUCACGGGAUCGCGUAUGAGAACGAACUUGAGGCACGCAAGGUCAAUAUGGGGAUGCAAGUCAAGCGAGAUGCCAGCAAUAGCCUGUCACCCAACCCGAUGUCGGUCAAACCCCAUCCUUAUCAGACCCUGGCGACCGGACCUUCAUCGACCAUCAAUUACUCUCCCAUGCGUGACACAUCGUACGCCAACGGGGGCUCGUUAAGCGUCGGACACUCGCCCGGCACUGCUACGCACCAUAGCUCCCCCUCUGGCCCCGAGGUUCAGGAAUACUCACCGUAUAACCCCAUCAAGCUGGAGCACCAAGGGGUGCCUGAUAUGCCGAUAGGAAUUUUCGAGAAGGACCCGCAGCUGGGCAUCGAUUUCAUCUUGCAACUGGAACACACCUGUCGAGAUCAUGAUGAAUUUCUGGUGCGCCGAUCAGCUGCCUCGCCGGACGAUGACGAGAAUUCGUUGUAUUCUGGCCAUGCAUUGAUGGCCACCUGUCCACCACCAAGCCAUAUCGCUUCUGUGCCAUCCGCGUCUGGUGGUCUUGAGCCAACCUACGAGCAUAAGAUGCCAGAUGCGAGCACCCUCGAAGCCUUGAACGGCUUGCUGAAUCUCAGCGCGGUGAUUCGAGAUUCGCACGCCAUUCCCGGCGGGCAAGUGACGCCGGUGAUGGCACUUCAAUGCCUGCGAGGCCAUCGAAACUAUCAAACUCUUACGAGAGAUGAUGUGAUCCGCAUGAUCGAAUCUAUCAAAGGCAACGUGCGGUGCUACGGCUUCGGAGCGGUCAUGGAAGACUUUGAGCUGCGCGAUGCACUUUCGAGCAUCUUCGCAACCAAGCCCGAAAUGUAUGAAGAAUUUGACGAGUAUACCGCUGGUAUCGACGACGACAUGUACGCAUAG